AUGGAUGACAAGUCACAAGUUAAGGUUACUGGAUACUGGAAUAAAGGUUAUACGGAUGAGAAUACGAAUGAAUUUAUUGGUGGACAUGCAAAGAUAACAUGCAUCGACCUGGAGACAACGGAAGGUAACGUAAGUAUUCCGCUAGAAUCUCCUGCUGGCACUGAUGUGAAGAUGAAAAUGAAAAGUGACGACUCCAUGGUUUAUGGUACUAGGAACGGCAACAUUGAAAAUACUGAAGAAGCAAUAGCUACAGAGAAGAAACCGGGAGUAGACAUUAUAACUGAAACCAUUUCUAUCAACGUAUCAUUGGAGGACGUCAUUGGGAGGAAAGAUCAAAACGAAGAGAGUGAGAAUACCGCUCUAGAUGGAGGCUGGGGUUACUUGGUCAUCGCCGGCUGCUUCAUCAUUGCGAAUAUCUGCAAUAUCAUCGGACCGUGUUUUGGUAUCCUCUUCUCUAGUUUCCUGCUGGACUUGGGUACAUCGUCGACAGCUGUCUCUUGGAUCUUCAACAUGCAAGCUUUAAUGUUCGGCUUGUCCAACCUCAUAGUGGCCCCGCUGGCGGAGCACUACGGGUGGAGGCUGGUGGUCAUCGCGGGCGGAAUCCUCUGCUUCCUCAGUCUCGCCUCCUCCGCCUUCGCCACGUCCGCGACGUUCCUCUUCUUCUCAUAUUCCAUACUUGGAGGUUUCGGCACCGGCAUGUCCACACUAAUAGCUUACGUGAUCUUGCCAUAUUACUUCAAGCGGCUUCGGGGUCGGGCGAACGCCAUCCUGAUGGGAGGAGUCUCCUCGGCCCAGUUGAUUGGGCCGCCGCUGAUAACCUUUCUGCAGCAGGCGUACGGGUUCAGGGGCGCAACUCUCAUUGUUGCCGCCCUCUCUCUCAACAUCUGCGUCGCCGGUUCGGUCUUCCAUCCAGUUGAGUGGCACAGUAAGGCUCCCAAUCGAUGUAAUAAGACGUCCAAGAGUAGGACGUCGUCAGGAGUCUGUGCGGCGCUCUUUGAGGUUAUUUGUUCUAUUGGCAGAAACUUCAAGAUUCUGAAGUUAUACCGAGCUCGCAUUAUCUCCCUGGGAAGCUGCUUCUUCAUGAGCGGUUACCUGAACUUUUUCAUGCUGGUGCCGUUUGUGAUGGAGGCGGGCGGGUACACCCAGGAGACGGCCUCCUGGUGCAUGUCCGUCUCCGCCGCGUGCAACUUGGCCUCGCGCAUGGUGGUGUCCUCCCUGACCGACUUGCCCAGGUUUAAUAUGCGGGCGAGCUUCAUGGCCGGCACCCUCGUCAUCUCCGUCACCAUCGCUGGUAUGUUAGUCUUCAGCGCUGCGGCUAAUAUACCGCUCCCGCAACUUAGUUCUAUACGAAAUGAUCAAAUCAUAUUGCUAGUUACAGUAUAA